CGGGCGUCAGUCGGGCCGCGGCAACGGCGGCAGGAGCGCGUCCCGGCGCCGCCUGAGGCUGCGCUCGGCGCGCGGACUGUGAGGAGGAGGCGAGCGAGGCUGGCGCGGGGUCGGCGGCCGGACGCAUGGCUUAGGACGCCCCGCCGCCGCGCCCCAGCAUGGGGAAACUUCACUCGAAGCCGGCCGCCGUGUGCAAGCGCAGGGAGAGCCCGGAAGGUGACAGCUUUACCGUAAACGCUGCUUGGGCAAGGAAAGGCAUCGAGGAGUGGAUCGGGAGGCAGCGCUGUCCAGGCAGCGUCUCAGGACCCCGUCAGCUGAGAUUGGCAGGAACUGUUGGUCGAGGCACCCGGGAACUCGUGGGGGAUACUUCCAGAGAGGCUCUCGGUGAGGAGGACGAGGACGACUUCCCCUUAGAAGUGGCCCUACCGCCUGAGAAGAUCGACAGCCUAGGCAGUGGAGAUGAGAAGAGAAUGGAGAAACUGAGCGAAUCUGGCCAGGCCUCCAAGAAGCAGCUCAAGUUUGAAGAGCUGCAGUGUGAUGUUUCUGUGGAGGAAGACAGCCGGCAAGAGUGGACCUUCACUCUGUAUGACUUUGACAACAAUGGCAAAGUCACCCGUGAGGACAUUACCAGCUUGCUGCACACCAUCUAUGAAGUGGUUGACUCCUCUGUGAACCAUUCCCCCACAUCAAGUAAGACACUGCGAGUAAAGCUCACCGUGGCCCCUGAUGGGAGCCAGAGCAAGAGGACUGUCCUCUUCAACCAUACCGAUCUGCAGAGCACAAGGCCCCGAGCAGACACCAAACCUGCUGAGGAGCUGCGUGGCUGGGAGAAGAAGCAGCGAGCCCCGCUCAGGUUCCAGGGUGACAGCCACCUGGAGCAGCCAGACUGCUACCACCAUUGCGUGGAUGAGAACAUCGAGAGGAGAAACCACUACCUAGACCUGGCGGGGAUAGAGAACUACACGUCUCAGUUUGGACCCGGUUCCCCUUCGGUGGCCCAGAAGUCAGAGUUGCCCCCUCGAAUCUCCAACCCCACUCGCUCUCGCUCUCAUGAGCCGGAAGCCGCCCACAUCCCACACCGGAGGCCCCAAGGUGUGGACCCGGGCUCCUUUCACCUCCUUGACAACCCAUUUGCCAAGGCAUCAGAGCUCCAGCAACGGCUCCGGGGCACUCAGGAUGGGAGCAAGCACUUUGUGAGGUCCCCCAAGGCCCAGGGCAAGAACAUGGGUAUGAGCCAUGGAGCCAGAGGUGCAAGAAGCAAGCCCCCACUGGUACCCACCACCCACACUGUGUCCCCUUCUGCCCACCUGGCCACCGGCCCAGCCCUCCUCCCCCCCCUGGCACCCCUGGGGCACAAGAAGCACAAGCAUCGAGCCAAGGAGAGCCAGGCAAGCUGCCGGGGCCUGCAGGCCCCACUGGCUGCAGGAGGCUCCACUGUCAUGGGGCGGGAGCAGGUGAGGGAGCUGCCUGCUGUGGUGGUGUAUGAGAGCCAGGCUGGGCAGGCCGUCCAGAGACAUGAGCACCAUCACCACCAUGAACAUCACCACCAUUACCACCACUUCUAUCAGCCCUAGACCCCACCAGGCUGCCACAGGAAGGACCCACCCCACACCCUAAGGCAUUAUUAUUCUAUUAAUUAUUGUUAUUAUGGCAAUUAUUGUUAUUAAUAAUUAUUGUUACUCCACUAAUAUUUAGCCAGCCUUCAUGUAGAAGACAUAUGGAAACACAGAAGUAAACUUUUAUUUAUACAUUGUGGGGAUCAUAUAACUCGCCCAAGAAGUGACUCUGGGUUUGGAAGGGUCCUUGGGCCACCCCAGCUGCAGGGUCUACACAGAUCUUCCCAAACCACAGGAGCCCUUGGCCCGACUCCCUCUCUUCAGCUCUUCCAGGAGAGCACCCUUGCCUGGUCCAGCUUCAGAGACCCUCAAGAGCUCCAGAGGACAACAGCUGCUACCUCUCAGUGUUAUUCUGGUUCAACUUCACCCUUAAUUGAUUGUAACCUGCUACAGGGGAUUUCGGUGGACUGCCAUUGCGCUCUCUUUCCCCUUGUGUUCUCACUCCUCAACCUAGACACCUUAGCUGUGUUUCCCAGAGUUACUGCCUCCCCUUUCCAAAGGGAAUGAGCCCUUGGCCCAGACCACCCCCCUGUGCUUUCUUAUUUCCUUUGCCAUGCACAAUGUGGAAGUGCCCUCUCUUCCCAUGCCCCUCCUUGGCUUUUGAAGGAUGCCCCUGUGUUUAAGGAUUGUCCUUGUAGCCAGCCUUCUCAGUGUGGGAACUACUACAGAGAGAAGCAGCCACAUAAAAAAACAUGGUUUCCCAAGACGGCAGCAUUGUGUGAUGGAGGGUGUGAAACCCGAGUUUGCCUUCAGCAAAUAGUUUGUGGCUCUCUAGAAGUCUUUGUAGCUAGGGAGAUGCUGCUGUCCAUGUCUCUGUCUCUCUUUAUAAAUACACUCUCAGGUAUCUUUGCUGGUGUGCAGAAAUCACUGUGCUGCUCUAUGGAAGCUCCUGCAACCCAGAUGUACCCCCAUUGUGUUUCCUGUAAAGGCUGCCUGUCCAUCAGACAAAAGCAGCCACCUCCAGCUCACUUCCUUGGGUCUGAAGUCUGUGGUUUUGGAGAAACCUGGUUGGGUAUAGAAACUUUAGGCUAGAAUGGAGGUGGCAGCUGAGACAGUGGGCAGCAUCCUUGGCAGAAUAGGGUUUUAUUAGACAAGGGCCCGGAGGACCAGAAAAGGUUUACUGUUAAGUAGUUGGGGCCCCAACAAAAAUCAGAUUACACUCCCAGGUUUAAUAAUUUGAGGAGGGCUCAACAGGGAUGGCUGCCAACACUGGAGCAAAGGCUGAGGGGCAGCAUAACCCAGACCAGCACUGAGUUACCACUGUACCUCUGUAUGUGAAGGGUAAGGAUCGAGAGGCACCUAGAACCCAUGACAUUCAUUCAGAGAACAUAGCAGGCUGUGUGGAUGAGUGAAUGAAUGAAUGAAUGAAUGAAUGAAUUUAUCCAGGGGGUGAAUGCCCCUACUUCCUCCCGUGCCUGUUUCGCAUCCUUCUCUAGUAGCAUCUGAUGAAGGCCUUGAGAGGGGGUGGAGCUUUUAUUUUUGAGGGUCCAGAAAGAGUGACCCCAGAAGGAAACGUGCCCGCCCGCCUGUCUCCUGAGUGUAGCAUGGUUGGUAAGCAUGUACUUUUGAAGGUAGUGAGCAUUCGUUGUUUUCACGGUAUUAAUUUUCCUGGUUGCUGGUGUACCUGGGUCUGGUUGGUGCCGUCCUCAGGGUAUCACUAUGAGAAGGCAGGAAGUGGAAGUCCUGGGAAUGUGUCUGAGGCUCAGAGAGGUCAAGAACCUGCUUGGUACACAUGGUAGGUGGCAGUUCUGGGUCCUAGCCAUCAGGAUCCCUAUCACUGAAGGAUAUGGGCCCUGAGUUUUCCUCAUGGAAGGCUGUGAGUUUCUGUUUGGCUAGAAUCCAAUUCAGAGGAGGUGACUACAACCACACCAAAUGGGCAAGGCAUUGUGGGAGCUUGGUUUGAGAUGACAGGAUCCAGUAUGAAUAAAACAGUUUUUGUCCCUGAGUCACCCUGUGUCAGCAGGCCCAAGUAACUGACAUUCUGAGUCCAGGACCCAGAGGACCAGGAGGAAAGAAACAGAAGCUCCAUGAGGGAACUGAUUGACUGUGCUUGGUGAAGGUCACCCCUAGACCAAUUACACGGGUCGUCUGGUGUGUGCUCACCUGCCACAGAAGGCAAGGCCACUACGAUGAGGACAGGGACAGGGGGACCAGCAAACACAAACAAAAAAACAAUGGCUUCCAGGACCAGAAUUGCUAUGGGCAUCUGCCUAGGGAGUGGAAGCCACUGGUUUUAGAACACAGGUCCUCAGCCUGGGGAAAGAGAUCCCCUGCUGCUCCAGGAUUCUGUUAACUUUUUUGCUAACUCUUAAAAGUCACUUAUAAAAAUAGUACCCUGUGUUCACCUGUAAGAGAUCAAGGUAGCGCAUAGAGGCUUAGAGUCAAAGGUAAGUGAGCAGGUUCCAUCUCACAUGCUCAUUCUCCAGAGAUCCACUCUAGUAUCCAUUGCCCACAUGCCCUCCAAGACCGUUAACGCAGUGUGGUGGUUGGAACACCAAACAACUGGCGCCUGGCUGUGGGUGCUCAAGGCCUGACUCCCCUUCCUCAUAGCAUGCACUGCAAGCGAAGUGCCGUGCCUUGGUUUCUCCCUUGUGAGUCCUUUCCAGAUGUUAGCUGUCUUCAUUACCAGAAUAAAAGCAUUUUAUAGAAUA